GUCUCCUUGGCGACAGAGUGGAACCGGAAUGAUGGAGGAGCGAUGAAGAGGCGCAGAAUGAAUUAUGUGAGAAUCAGUCGGUGUCGCUGCUCCGGGCGUUUACUCUGAGCUUUUAGAGCGUUUUUUGAACAUUUUUAUCUUCUUCUUGUUGAUUUGUUCCCGUUCAGACCCGACUCCGGUGCAGCUGAUGGUCCAGUUCCUGGAGCAGGCGUCCAAACCGUCGGUGAACGAGCAGAAUCAGGUUCAGCCUCCAGCAGACAACCGCAGGAACCGAACCCUGAAGCUGCUGGCGCUGAAGGUCGCCGCACACAUGAAGUGGGACCUGGAUUCACUGGAGAAAGGACUGACCAUCCCAGUGUUGAACAUGCUGCUGAAUGAGCUGCUGUGUGUCAGCAAAGUGCCUCCAGGUGUGAAACAUGUGGAUCUGGAUCUAUAA